AUGUAUAUACCUGAUUGGUCUAAUUCCACAUUCACUAAUUUGUCUGGGAGCAGCUCAACAUGUACAUUUGAAUCAAGAAGUAUAUGUAACUACAAGCAAGAUAAGACAGAUGACUUUGAUUGGACAUGGAAAUCAGGAUCUACAACUUCUACAGGCACUGGACCUUCGGCUGAUCAUACUUAUGGCACAUCAAAAGGGUCUUACAUUUAUAUUGAGGCUUCUGCACCAAGAGUAACGGGACAGAAAGCUAGAAUAUUUUCUCCAUCCCAGCCAGUAACCACUGGCUCCUGUGUAUCAUUUUAUUAUCACAUGUAUGGUACACAGAUGGGCACAUUAAAUGUUUAUGCUAGAACUGGAAAUGCCAUUGGUUCACCAAUACUGUCAACAAAGGGUAACCAUGGUAACAAGUGGUUAAAGGCCCAGGUCUCAGUAAGAUCAACAUCAACUUGGCAGUUAACAUUUGAGGGAAUACGUGGCACAGGAGUCAGAAGUGACAUUGCUAUUGAUGAUGUGACAAUUACUAAUGGUGCCUGUAUUGGGGAUGAUGGAUCAUGUAAUUUUGAGAAGGAUACUUGCUCCUGGAGAAAUACACAAAUAGGGGACGAUUUUGAUUGGCUUCGAAAACAAGGGCACACUGGCAGCAGUGGAACAGGCCCCUCAAAAGAUCACACAAUUGGGAAUUUCCUUGGGCACUACAUGUAUAUUAUGACUUCAGCCCCAAGGGUAGCUGGUAACAAAGCCUGGCUUGUCAGUCAACAGUUUAACCCCUCUAAGACUACACAGUGUAUUUCUUUCUGGUACCAUAUGUAUGGAACAACUAUUGGCUCUUUAAAUGUGUAUCUCAAUGCAUCUGGAAGCAUGACACAAUUGUGGACCCAAACUGGGAACAAGGGAAUUAACUGGUUACAAGGACAGUUCCCAUUACAGCCAGUUAACUCCCUUUACAUGAUAUACUUUGAAGGGGUUAGAGGAUCAUCAUAUUCAGGAGAUAUUGGUUUAGAUGAUUUCACGUUUUCACAAUCAUCCUGUGGCUACCAACCAUCCAAUGGAAAGCCUGGCAAGAUUAGCACCACUCCACAAUCUAGUACUGUGUUACCAACAUUCCAAUCUAAUUCCAAGUAUGACUGCAGUUUUGAGACUGGUAGCUUGUGUACAUGGACACAAGAUACCACUGAUAACUCUGAUGGUGGUUUUAUGAGGACAGAGCGACUCACCGUGUGCUUGACCAUGUUAUUGGUAUACAUGUGUUUGAAUGCCAUGUGGUACAAGGUGACAGUGACAGAGGUGAGUUACACAUUGCCCACCAUCUAUAUUUAGUAACAUAUUCAUUAA